UUACAUUUUCCAGGACCAUUCUGCACAGCUGUCUCAUCCUAUAUGCGAUUGACGAACCCGACGGAGCAUGUCAUCUUGUUCAAAAUCAAAACAACCGCGCCUAAGAAAUACUGUGUGCGUCCAAACUGUGGAGUCCUAGAACCAAAGACCACGAUCGAAAUUGCAAUUAUCCUUCAACCAUUCAUCUUCGAUGCGGCCGAAAAGAACAAACACAAGUUUCAUGGUGCAGUCGAUGAUCAUGCCGGAAGGCGACGGUCAGCACCGAACAGCUAUGGAAGGAUGUCAGCCCGGAUGACCUUAUGGACUCUAAACUGCGGUGUGUAUUCGAGUUGCCGGCCGAGACAAAUCAGACCGCACCGGGGGGCGCCAAUCACGGCUACUAGCACUACUACCAGUCAGUCAGCUAACGCUACACCGAAUAAGAACGAAUCGGGUGUGCCAGUGGCAGAUACACAGUACGGUGGCAGUGGCGUUAGUAACGAAGAAGACAAGACGGAUUGAUGCAGGAAGUGAAGAAACUGCGGGAAUCUGAAUGUUCCUUACGUCACGAGAAUCUGAUGCUAAAGG